UGUCGAUCGGCAUCAGCAUUACGAGAACGGCGUCGGCCCAUUAUGGCGGUUGAAUUGCACAAAACCGGCGUGGAAAAAUUAAAUGAAGCAAUGAAGGUGACGUGGAGGAAGCUGGAUCAUUCAGUUUCAACUGUAUUUUGUACCUACCACCAUUUUUCUCUCUAUUACUACUCCUCCCAAUUCAUUCUCCCUGUAACUCUACGCCAAUAAAAUUUAAAGCAGUAAAGGCGGCAGCUACUGCCAAUUUACCACGUCGACAUGUCGGCAUCUCAUCGCCCAGCAACCACAAACCACAUCGCCGUUUUGGCAUUCCCUUUCGGAACUCACGCCUUGCCCCUUCUCGGAAUUGUACGGAAGUUCUCCGAGGCAGCCCCACACGUGCGAUUUUCGUUUCUCAGCACCGCCAAAUCCAACGCUUCAACCUUCUCGGACUGGGGAUCAAAUGAGGACGACAGGAUAAAGCGGAUUGACAUUGGCGACGGGUUGCCGGAGGGUUACGUGUUGGGAGGAAAGCAAGGGGACAUGAUGGAGCUCUUCUUGGAAGGGGUUGCGGAGAGGUUUAAGAACGGAGUGGAGGCCGCUGCGAGGGAGAUGGGAGAGGGAAUCGGUUGUUUGAUUAGCGAUGCGUUCUACUGGUUUGUGGGAGAAAUGGCAGAAGAAAUGAAAGUGCCGUGGGUCGCGCUUUGGACGUCGGGGCCUCGGCCUCUGCUCGCGCAUCUCGACACGGAUGUCAUCAGAGAACACAUCAAAUCUUCUGGAUCCAGAGAGAAACCCCUAGACUUCUUGCCGGGAUUCUCAGAAAUCCGGGUAGCCGAUUUACCCGAAGAAGUCAUAACUGCGAGCCUAGACUCACCCUUCCCAAAAUUCCUAUAUAAAAUGGGCCAUCACCUUCCACGAGCCACCUCUGUUCUCAUAAACUGUUUCGAAGAAAUAGACAAGGACGUACAAAGCCUACUAAACUCAAGACUCCCCAAUUACCUCAACAUUGGUCCACUCAGCAUGCUCGUACUAAUGCAGCAGCCUCCCUCCGACGACCAUGGUUGCUUACCCUGGCUCGACAACCACCCACCGAACUCUGUAGUGUACAUAAGCUUCGGGGGGUUUCUAUGUCCGCCGCCGCAUGAACUCGCAGAGCUAGCAGAUGCCCUGCUGGAAAGUGGGAUUCCAUUCCUCUGGUCGUUUAGGGGCAAUGCAGAGGAAAGUUUGCCAAAGGGGCUUCGCCAAACGUGUAGUGGUAAAAUUGUUCCAUGGGCCCCUCAGGUGCAGGUAUUAAUGCAUUCUUCGGUUGGGGCGUUUGUGACUCAUGGCGGUUGGAAUUCGGUGUUGGAGAGCGUUGGAGGAGGCGUGCCGAUGAUUGGGCGGCCGUAUUUUGGGGACCAGAGGUUGAACGUGAAGACGGCGGAAAAUGUAUGGGGAAUUGGGGUGGGUCUAGAGGGAGGCGUGAUGACAAAAAGUGGGGUUUUGAAGGCGUUGGGACAAGUUUUGGGUAGCGAAGAGGGGAAAUUGAUGAGGGAGAAAGUUGGAAUUCUGCAGCCUUUGGCUCAUAAAGCUGCUGAAUCCACAGGAGCUUCUUCUCGAAAUUUCAGCCGUUUCGUGGAGAUCGUAACCAAGUCUUAGGAGCAAUUAAUUCUAAUGAAUAUAUAUAUGGAGCAUCAUCCAGUUUGUUUUCAUCGGCAAUCAGAGUUGUAGCAGAGAAACGGCGAGAGGAAACAAUGUCUAAGACGUUAUUGGUUGUUCAGGCAGCCGCGACGGGGGCAGCCAUUGUGACGAAGGCUGUGCUACCUCCGGCUUCGGUUGCCUCUACAGUUGGGCUUGCUGCCAAAUUUUUUCACUUCAUCUCUACUCUGUUUUGUAUUUUUGGACAUUUUUUCAUCAAAUCCGUUGCGUCUAUUGUUUUCCUAUUUCUAUAAAUCUUAUUAGAAUUUUACGAACUUUCUACUUGAACGCUUUGAAUUGCUCGUUCACAUUUUAUUAGGUGAUGAUUUCGUAAUGGAUAUCGUAGCAAUAUUCUUGUCUU